UCGUUUUAUCCGAUGAAAAUUACAACGAAUAUAUAAAGGGCGACUAAUUUUCCGACCUCAUUUCAUCGGUAACUGCAUUUCAUCGGAUGAAGUGUACGAAGGCACAUGCAAUAUUACGGCGACUUUCAUGACAGUCACCGAGCGGUGUGUUGGCUGUGGGACAUCCUGGAAAAGGACUUUACGGAAGAGGAGAGAGGCUUGUUCCUCAAGUUUGUGACGAGUUGCUCGAAAUCGCCGUUGCUGGGCUUCGCACAUCUUGAACCACCCUUCUCCAUACGAUGCGUGGAAGUCUGCGACGACGAGGACACCGGAGAUACGAUAGGCAGCGUGAUUCGCGGAUACUUCACGAUUCGCAAGAAGGAUCCGCAUAACCGACUACCGACUUCGUCGACGUGCUUCAACCUGCUCAAGCUGCCGAAUUACCAAAAGAAGAGCACGCUGCGGGAGAAGUUGCGUUACACCGUCACCAGCAACACCGGCUUCGAGUUGUAGAUCCUAUCGACCGGACAAUUUUUUUAUUGUCUGAUAAUAAAGUAAAUAAUAUUGUCUGUGUGAAAUAUCCAAUUGGUUGAGAUUACAUAGUAAAGGUAUUGUAUAAAUUAAAUGUAUUUUAAUAUAAUAUGAUAUCAUGGA